CACACAAAUUUUCAUACAACGUAUGUGUGAUGCUGGCGACGUGGUGGCGUCGCCAAUCCCAAGUCUGGCCCUGGUCCUGGAGGUGGAUGCUGGGACAAGAAGAUCAACCACGGAACAACUCGCGGCGAAGAACCUCGUGACCCAUGUGGACCUACAUGAUGGCCGCUGCGAGCGCUGACCCCUUGGCAGCACACACGAGACGCCUCGCAGCCUCUCACAGACCCCAUCGUGAACCCCCGAGUCAAACCUCCAUCAGCAAUCAUGUGCCUCCCAGCGAAUCCUGCAGCCAAACCACGCAGUUGGACAUUCCCAGGCAAGAUGGCGGGAUCGCCCGACUUUCUGGCACGGAACGGUGCCCGGAUACCGAAUUAUCGGAAGUCAUUCGGAUCUUUGAUCCAUCUCGCACCGAUCAGGAGGUCGGUGCUAUGGAGGAUUCCUGCGACAGCAUCCGGAAUUCAGAGAAGCUGCAUCGCCGCCUCCAUCGUCUUACCAAUCGUCUUCAGGGGAUGUGGAAAUGCCGGCCAAGGAAACGAAAAAAAGACCGGGAACCGGACGGUUUCCUAGCGAAGUUUCAGGGCAGCGGGGCCUCAGCAUCCCCUGAACACAGCGCCACGUGCUGCUGGGGACAUCGCCUCGCCAUUGACCCAACCCUCCCGUUUCACUACAGAUGGCUGCUGGUCGUUUCGCUGGCUGUGCUGUACAAUCUGGUGUUUGUCGUUGGUCGCGCUGUUUUCUGGGAGCUGAACAACGCCGUCCCCGGAGUUUGGUACCUCCUAGACUACGUCUGCGAUGCCAUUUACCUUCUGGAUAUUAUCGUUCACGCUCACGAAGGGUACCUGGAGCAGGGAUUGAUGGUAAGGGAUGCGAAACGGCUCAGACAGCAUUACUUCAAGACUGCUAGAUGGCGGCUGGAUUUCCUCGCUAUUUUUCCCACGGAUCUCGCCUACUUUUGGUGGAGUCCAAGCUCCUGCCAAGUACAGGUACCUUGUCCCGUGAUCGUAAGGACCAAUCGAUUACUGAAGUUGUCCCGAAUGUGGCAAUACUUCGAAAAGACUGAAACCCGAACCGGAUACCCGAAUGCCUUUAGGAUAUGCAAGGUGGUUCUCGCCAUCCUAGUCCUCAUCCACUGGAAUGCAUGUCUGUACUUUGCGAUCAGCUACGUGGUGGGAUUUGGCUCUGACAAUUGGGUUUACAACCUGAAUGGAGCCAGGAACGCCUCCCUCGCCCGACAAUAUAUCUACAGCUUCUACUGGAGCACGCUUACCCUGACAACAAUUGGGGAAACACCGCAGCCGGAAAAUGACGCCGAGUACCUUUUCGUCGUCGCUGACUUUCUGGCUGGAGUUUUGAUAUUCGCAACGAUCGUUGGAAACAUCGGUAGCAUGAUAAGCAACAUGAACGUCGCUAGAGUUGAAUUUCAGAAUCGCAUGGACGGCGUCAAGCAAUACAUGCAAUUUCGGAAGGUUUCCACGGAGCUGGAGGCCAGAGUGAUAAGGUGGUUCGCUUACACCUGGGCGAACAAACAGGCUCUGGACGAGGAACGUGUACUCGGAGCUCUUCCCGAUAAGCUCAAAGCGGAAAUUGCAAUUCACGUUCACCUGGACACCUUGAAACAGGUUCGAAUAUUCCAAGACUGCGAGCCUGGAUUGCUGGAAGAAUUGGUGCUCAAGCUUCGCCUUCAGGUGUUCAGCCCUGGGGAUUACAUAUGCCGCAAAGGAGACGUGGGCAAGGAGAUGUACAUAGUGAAGAGGGGGCGUCUGAUAGUGGUGGCUGACGACGGUAAAACAGUCCUAGCGACUCUCGGGGCAGGAAGUGUCUUCGGCGAAGUGAGCGUCCUCGAGAUAGCUGGUAAUAGAACGGGGAACAGAAGAACGGCGAACGUGAGAUCAUUGGGCUACUCCGAUCUAUUUUGCCUCGCAAAAAGGGACCUUUGGGAAGCCCUCGCUGAUUACCCGGAUGCCAGACACUCCCUCACGGAACGAGGGUGCCAACUUCUCAGAAAAGACGGUCUUCUUGACGAGGAUGUUUUCCAGGGUGCCAAGCAGGCGAAGGACUCCAUCGCCGACAAGAUUGACCGACUUGAAAAUACCGUCGACAACCUUCAAACCCGACUCGCCCGACUUCUCGCCGAGUAUUCGAGCAGCCAUGCAAAGAUGAAGCAGCGUCUUGCCCGAGUCGAACGUCGAGAAUCAUCAUAUCCAAGCGACAGCUGCAGCGAGCUGGAACUGGAACUGGACGAGGAACAGGGUGCGGCUGGAGGCGCUGGCAUAUCCGUUAAUCAACUUCGCCGUAGCUUCCAGCGGGCAAGGAGAAAUAAUUGUGCCAGAAGAUACAAGCAAAACACGGUUUAGUCUCAACUUUGCUUGUUAGAUCUCCGCUCGGAAAAGAUUUCCUCGGUAUAAUUUGUCCGCGGAGCUUUUCUGCACGAGGACGAUCGCUGAGUCGAUUGUGAGCUUGUGAUAUUAUACGGAUUGCAAAGUGUAUCGCUGCUGCUUUCCCUCGUUAGUUUUGAC